AUGAUGAUGAUGGUGAUGGUGCGGCGCCGUGCGGUGUGCGCCGUGUUGUUCCUUGCGCUCUUGUGCUGCUGCUGCUCGUCCGUGUGCGUUACGGCGGCUGGGAGUCCUGGACAUGUGUCUGGUGAUGCGGGUACGGUGGUUGUGCCUGUGGAUGUGUCGUGUGCUCAGAGCGACGGCAGCCUGAGCUAUCGCGUGCAUGGGGGUGUGUGGGCGUGGAAGAAGUGUUCUGUUGCCGGUGCUGAGGCUCAGCAUGAGAAUUAUACGUUCAGUGGCUUUGAUGUGCGCAUGCAUAGCCGAAAUGGUGAGAUGGGUGCUGUGUGUCAUGUGGCCAAUGCGGUGUACACAUGUAACAACUGUGCUGCCAGCUGUGCAACGAAAGGGGAAGGGGUCACCGUUGCCUUCACGAUGAAUGUGACGACACAUAAAUACGCCGGCCUUUAUUUCUUGUGGAAGAAUCAAUUUUCCCCCGACGGAACUAUUCCUGCGCCCGCACGGAGCAGCGAUGCUGACCGGACGGGCAUCUGCCACCCACCACCGCCCCGUGAAGGGAAGGAUGAGAGAAAAUCCGGUGAGGCAACGGCGUCGCAAGUCAGUGCCGAGCCGUCACGUCAAAACGAGGAUGCGCGACAGUCUGCCGUGGCUGACGCGCCCCGUACCGUCGAUCAGAGUCCCGCAUCCAACACGGAGACCAACACGUCUAUGAAAAAGCCUCGCAUUGCAACCGAUCCGAACGAAAACGUGGCUCCAACACCAUCCAAUAGGAAGCCUAGCAUUGCCAUGAGUCGGAACAUAAAAAUGGAUCCGAAUGCAUCCGUGACGAAGACUGCUCCCGCCACCGCGUUGAGGAAGGCAGUGGGCUCGAGGGAUGCCCGUAAGAGUGAGGCCGAUGACGGCAGCGGCGAGCACGUUCCUGGGAAAAUUGCGGGAGGAAUGAAUGGUCAGAACGUCCCCGGAACACCAAAACGGCAUCAAGAAAUGUGUCCUUGCGCGAUCUGGAGCGGCGUGAGUCCAGACGGCCGCCUCGUCCUGUUUGACGACGUGGAGUUGAUACCACGCGAUUCAACUGGCGGCCGCACUGCGCGUGUGUGCGUGUCUCUGACGUUGCUGCUGCUGCUGCUGGAACUGUGUGGAGUUGUGGUGGUCUUUCGAGCGAAAGAGGGUGGGAUUGUGACUCCCCACGGAGAACAUGUGCCGCGUUGCAUGCGCUUUUUUGUCACUGUUUCUUCUCUUCUUUUUUGA